AUGACGCUUCCGCAAAGUAAACAUUCCAUUGAGCAUGAUGCCGUCAAUGUGACACCUCAAUCCUCGCUAUCUUUCACGCAGGGCUUCCUGCUCGGACAGCUUUCUGUCGUUCUAUUGAUUGGUGCUUUCAUCAAGUUCUUUAUCUUUGGAGAAGCUCCGCCACCUCCAUCGCGAGGGUUGUCAAAUCGCACGCCCCAUAGGCGCUAUAGCUCCGCCUCCAGUCCCUCUCAGGACCAUCAGAAAUCGCUCCGAGAAAAACCGUCCACGUCCAAUGUUUUACGACCUGUUCCGGCUUCGUCAACGAAUACACGCUCAAUUCUUCACAAGACCUACUACAGUCCCACAAAUCCUACUUCCAAGCAUGGCCGCCACCGCAUGCACCAUUCCUCGCACCAGCCCGAAUCGUUGGACUGGUUCAAUGUCCUCAUAGCACAAACAAUUGCGCAAUAUCGACAGACCGCAUACUUGCUCAAGGACUCACCGACAUCGUCAAUCCUGAGCUCCCUCACGGCAGCCAUGAACAACCCCGAGAAGAAGCCAUCCUUUAUUGAGAAGAUUAACGUCACGGAUAUAUCGCUAGGCGAGGAGUUUCCGAUCUUCAGCAAUUGUCGAAUCAUCACCGUCGAUGAUCCCAAUUCUGAUGGAGGCAGGCUGCAGGCCUUGCUGGACGUGGAUUUAAGUGAUGACAAUCUCUCCAUCGCCGUGGAGACACAACUAGUCUUGAACUACCCCAAACCACGCUCCGCAAUCCUUCCGGUAGCAUUGUCGGUCUCGGUUGUGAGAUUUUCUGGAACUCUGUGCAUUUCACUCAUCCCAGCAUCGACUGAUUCCCUUCAAAACCCAACGGGUGCGCCAGCAUCAGCUUCAGAAGCUCCCGAUCGGCCCGACAGCACCGCGGGAACUUCCGAUGCAGGUACUGCGCAUGGUCAAACCCCUCCCAAAAACAGCCCGAAGAGCAACGUUGCCUUUUCAUUUUUACCAGACUACCGACUUGAUCUCUCAGUGCGCUCACUCAUUGGAUCGCGGAGCAGACUCCAAGACGUGCCCAAAGUGGCUCAGCUUGUCGAGGCCCGUGUCCAUGCAUGGUUCGAGGAGCGUGUCGUCGAGCCUCGCGUGCAAGUCAUUGGACUACCUGACCUGUGGCCACGGAUGGGCCGUACUGGCGUGCGGACAGGCGAAGACUCCGAUGCAGGCUCGGCGACAGCACCGAGAAGUCCCGGCUCUGCAGAUGCUGGAGCCGCUCCUCGAUUUGCAGAUGAUCGCUCCCGAGACUCAGAAGGAUUGAGGUUUCGAGGAGGUCUAGAUGCACGCUUGGGGCUCGGUGCGGGCUCACGAGGGAACAGUUUCAAUGUAGAUAUGGGCAACUUGCGUAGUCCGAGCAUGACUCGGCAGGAUAGCACAGGAGGUACGGCCGACCCGCUCGAGAUGCCCGGUGGUCUCCCAGGAGCAAUACCCGCAACUCGAAACUGA